AUGUCGUUUUCAAAUUAUCUUGGAUUAUCCAUAAAUCCCACAUCGAGAUCAUCGAGAUCAUCGAGAUCUCGUAAACUUAUAAUUGAUACCAAUAAAAAUGAAAUAGAUUAUUUCUUCGAUUAUCCACUUGAGGUGGCACUUCCUCCAAUAUGUAAUACGACAGAAGUCAAAUUUUCAUCUUACUUGGGUUUUCCGUCGCAAGCAAAGAAAGAAGAUCGACCAGUAAUACCACAAAAGAAUAAAGACGAAAUGAAUAAAUACGAAAUGAAUAAAGACGAAAAGAAUAAAGACGAUAAAGAUCAAAUAGAAUCUAGUAAUGAUGCAACAGAAACUUUGAAUAAUAUAUUAAUAAUUCAAGAG